AACUAAUAAUGUUUGCCGACGAAGGGUGGAGAUGGAUAACAUUUGUAAACUCUGAGGACAGAUAUGAGACUGAAGAGCAUAUCUUCCAGUAUGACUGGGUUGCAGACAGAACAUGGCAAAUUAAAUUGGGCGCCCACUUUAUCCGACAAGGAAGUGAUUUUACUAAUUGGACUAUAACUUUUUUUUUGACAAUUUGCAGAGAAAGAUAUGUGUACUUUCAUUGUUAAUCUUUUGAGUUUCUGGAAGGUAUGCGAUGACAAGGUUUGGAAGAAUAAAGAUGCAAUCCGGCACCAGUGUUUGAAUGCUCAUAAGUUAUGCGUGGCUGGAAGGCGGCUCAGGUGGCGGUAAAGAGUAGCUACAGGGUGACACAGCACGGGAGGAGAUGUAGCAAGGGCAGUGCAGGAGUUCUUUUUGGGGAUUAAUCCUCCUAAAGGGUUCUCAAGCUCAUUUAUUGUUUUAAUACCCAAAAAGGAUAUGCCCACCUCUUCUGCAGACUACAGACCGAUUUGUCUCUCAAACUUCACUAAUAAAAUCUGCACAAAAGUGCUAACAUCCAGGCUAGUAAAACUGCUUCCUAUUAUUAUCUCUAAUAAACGGGCUGGGUUUGUAAAGGAUAGGGAUCAAAUUCUUAUUGCUCAAGAGAUGAUUCAUGCCAUAGAUAAAAAAGUAAGAGGCUCUAAUGUGGUUAUCAAGUUGGACAUGGCUAAGGCUUUUGAUAAGUUAUCUUGGCAUUAUUUAUUUGAGGUCCUGGCUAGAUUUGGCUUUUCUGGUAAAUUCAUAUCCUUAAUUAAGGCUAAUUUACGGUCUACUUACUUCUUCAUACUCAUCAAUGGCAGCCCUCAGGGUUAUUUUCAACCCAAAAGGGGGGUUAAACAAGGAGAUCCCCUUUCCCCCUUUUUAUUUAUUAUUGCUUCUGAAGGCUUUACCAGGACUCUAAAUGCUAGAAUGAUGAAUGGAAGUAUUAAAUCUUACUGGUUCGGCCCAGUGGGCAAUCCAGUGUUAGAGACCCCACUAGUCUAAAUGUAGAUGACAGAUUCUAUGGGCAAGUUUAUGUACGAAGGCCUAGAAAAUAGACUAGUUAGUUAGUUAUUAGUUGUUCUGUUAAAAGCUAAUAACUACCAUUCUGUUGUGAAUGCUAUAAAUAGAAUAAACACUGCAGUGGGAAGGCAGGCUGUUUCUAGACUGAUGUCUUGGCUGGGAAGUUAGAGUUUUAUCUCUUUCUUUGGGAACUUGUAUACGGUUUAUCUCCUUUGAUAUCAAUAACAGAUUUCUUGUUUUUUCUAUUGUUGAUUUCUGUUAUUAUUCUGUGAUUGGAUAGUGUUACCUAUCAUCUAGUGACACACCUGGGUUUUGCUGAUGACCUCCUCAUCUUUACUAAUGGUGACUCCAGAUCUUUGACUAAAUUCAUUCGGUUUAUUAAGGAAUAUGAAGAUGCCUCAGGGCAGACUGUAAAUUUAGACAAAAGCAGCUUUAUUUCUGGGAAGAAUGCAACCUAUAGGAGCUCAGUGAUCAAAGAUAUUCUUGAAUAAUCUCUCUCAGGGAGGGAGGCUAAUUUUGAUCAAACAUGUCCUCAGCUCCAUCCCUAAUCAUAUUCUGGCAACUGAUGUACUGCCUUGGAGGGUUAUUUCUACCCUUAAAAGGAAAUUGGCUUCAUUCUUUUAGGGAUCUUCUGCAGGUCAUCACAAAUUACAUUGGGUCAGGUGGUCUAAAUUAUGCUACCCAGCUAUUGAAGGAGGCCUGGAUAUUAGGUCUCUAACUGAUGUUGAAAAGGCCUACACUUUAAAACUUUGGUGGAAGUGGAAGAAUAAUAAAUCAUGUUGGUGUGAUUUUAUUAAUGCUAAGUAUCCUAGGGGAGGGGAUAUGGUUCCAAAAAUCACAGACUCCACAAUAUGGAAAAGGAUAUGUUCCAUUCAUGAUACUUCAGUUGACCUUUGCUACACUCAGCCUUCAGGUUCAAUUGAUUGGCUUCCAGGCAAGGAUGGAAUCUUCUCUUUAUCUUCAGCCUACAAUGAGAUAAGAGAGGUUCAAUUUGUUACAUUCACUUCAAAGAAUGUUUGGAAUAAACAUCAAAGUAUGCAGAUCGAGUUAUUUGGCAGAUAAAGCUCUACACUCAAAAUUUGGCAUAUAAACUGAGGAAUUUAAGGAACAGACGUGUGGAAGAUUUUCUGAUUCAGGAGAAUAUGGUUUCUACCAAUUUCAAGUUCAAGGAAACUGGAUAUAAGUUGAUUAAAUGGAAAAGGCCUGAUAGAGAUUAUAAACUUAAUGUUGACGCAUCAUUCGUACCUGGGUAUGCGCAGGGGUGGAUGUACUCUCAUGUUAAUGGGGGCACUUGCCCCCAAUAACUUAGUGUUUUCAUUAGGUAAUACAUUAGUUAUAUAUAUUAGAAAACUAUUUGUCCCCAUUAAAUAUUUCAAGGUGCCCCCAAUAAAGUUGAACUUCUU